AUGUCUCCGCAAACGCCCUGGUGGAAAAACGCCACCAUUUACCAAAUCUACCCUGCCAGUUACAAGGAUUCCAACGGAGAUGGCAUCGGUGAUUUGCCAGGCAUCCUGGGUCAGCUGGACUACAUCCAGUCACUGGGCGUCGAUGCGAUCUGGAUAUGCCCUAUGUAUAAGUCACCCCAGAUCGAUAUGGGGUAUGACGUGGCGGAUUAUGAAGACGUACAUGGCCCGUACGGGACAGUCGCCGACGUGGAAGCGAUCAUCGCCGCCUGUCACGAGCGAGGCCUACGCAUCCUGCUCGAUCUGGUGAUAAACCACACAUCCGACCAGCACGCCUGGUUCAAGGAGUCAAGGCUCGGCAAGAACAGCCCCAAGCGCGACUGGUACAUCUGGCGUCCGGCAAAGUACGGCGCCGAUGGCGUGCGCCAACCACCUAAUAACUGGCGGAGUAUCUUUGGGGGCAGUGCGUGGGAGUGGGACGAGGUAUCGGAGGAGUACUAUCUACAUCUGUUUGCCGUGGAGCAGCCAGAUGUGAACUGGGAGAAUGCCGAGACUCGCGCGGCGGUCUACGAGUCGGCCAUGGAGUUCUGGCUGCGCAAGGGCAUUGAUGGAUUCCGCGUCGACACCGUGAACAUGUACAGCAAGGACCAGUCCUACCGCGACGCGCCCAUCAUCGACCCCAGCCACGAGCACCAGCUCGACGCCUCGCUAUUCUGCAAUGGGCCCCGGAUCCACGAGUUCCUCCGCGAGAUGGGCCAGAUUCUGCUCAAGUACAACGCCGUCACGGUCGGCGAGCUCCCCUGCACCCCCGAGGUUACCGACGUGCUCAAAUACGUAUCGGAGAAAGAGCAGCAACUGAGCAUGGUCUUCCAGUUCGACAUCGUCGACGUGGGAAGAGGCAAAGACUUUCCCUUCCAGACCACUCCCCGGAACUGGACGCUUCCUGAUCUCCGCGCGCGAGUCAAGCGUACGCAGGCGCUUAUGGACGGCACGACGGACGGGUGGAGCACGACAUUCCUUGAGAAUCACGAUCAGGCUCGGUCGAUUUCGCGAUGGGGAAGCGAAGACACGCCUGAAUUGUGGGCGGCCAGUGCAAAGAUGCUUGCCAUGCUCGUUGCCAGUCUUUCGGGAACACUGUAUGUCUACCAAGGGCAGGAGAUUGGCAUGGUCAACGCACCUCUCGAAUGGGAUAUUGCGGAAUACAAGGACCUCGAUAGUCUCAACUAUUACAACUACGUCAAGAAAAUAUCGGGAAAUGACCCCGUCGCGUUGGAAGCGACUAAGGUUGCUAUCGCUCACCUUGCGCGGGAUCAUGCACGGUUACCCAUGCAAUGGGAUGGUACACCCAAUGCUGGAUUCUCGAAAGAAGGCAUUGAGACAUGGAUGCGCGUGCACGAUAACUAUCCUACAUUGAAUGUAGAGAAACAAAGCUCCGAUCCAAAGUCGGUUCUGUCUUUCUGGCGGAAAUUGCUGCAAGUGCGUCGCGCCAAUCCGAAGGUUUUUGCGCAAGGAGUUUUUGAAGAUACCGAUCCAGCACAUGGAUCUGUGUUUAUAUUUGAGAAACAUUCCGAUCAUGAGAAGCUUGUGGUGGCCUUGAACUUUUCUGGUGAGAAACAGUCGGUUGACCUUGCUGGACGAUUUGGCAGUGGAACUCGAAAGCUCCUGGUUCAGAACUAUGAUGAUGAUGUUCUGGACAUACUGCAGCCUUAUGAAGGCCGUAUCUACCUGGUGGAAGCUUAA